CUAAAUUAUAUAAACGCAAAAGUUGAAAAUAAUAAAUUGUCUCAUUAAUUGAAUAAUUUACUCCAAUUAAAUUAAAUAUACUCAAGAACAAACUACCUCCAAACUUCCAUUUCUUCUCAUCAUCUCUCUCUACUUAUUCAACUUUUUCAAUUGCAAAACUGUAGAAAAAGCACUCAUCUUUGAUGUAAUCCUCCAUUUUCUCUUUCUUUCAUGUCUCCCACGUCCUCCAUUUUUAAUCAUUCCAAAUCCCCUUUUACAUCCCUUUCUUUCUCAUAAAUCCCAUUUCAAAAAAAUCCCAUUUGAAGAAGAUUUGAUCUUUGAAACUUUCAUCCGAAUUUCCCUAAUUUUUUAAUUUUUUUGAGGAAUAUUUUGGGUACCCAAUAGAUUGAUGGCAAUGACAGAAGUACUACAGCAUUCUCCAUCUCAUUUCCCUUCAUCUUCCUCAAGUACCCCUUCAGAUGUUCUAUUUUGUUGCCAAACACAUCCUUAUAAUCAAAACCCUAAUACAAAUUCUGUAGAUUGUGGAUGUGAAUGUGAUUGUAGUGAGAGAAGUGACAGUAUUAGAGGGAUUGAAGAAAGAGAAGAGUUGAAGCGGAGAGAGAAAGAAAGGGAAGAACUUUCUUUCUUAGCCCUUCUUGUAGCUUUGUUUAGAAAAUCUUUGAUUAGUUGCAGUACUACUGCUCAUAGUUCUGCUGCUAUGGAUAUUAGUUGGCCAACCAAUGUUCGCCACGUGGCUCAUGUUACCUUUGAUAGGUUUGAUGGCUUCUUAGGUUUGCCUGUUGAGUUUGAACCUGAAGUUCCUAGAAGGGCUCCUAGUGCAAGUACAUCAGUUUUUGGUGUUUCCACUGAAUCCAUGCAGCUCUCAUAUGACUCUAGAGGCAAUUGUGUGCCGACAAUACUAAUAUUGAUGCAAAGGCGUCUCUAUGCUCAAGGAGGCUUGCAGGAGGAAGGAAUUUUUAGAAUCACCGCAGACAACAAUCAAGAGGAAUUUGUUAGAGACCAACUGAAUGGUGGUUUUAUACCGGACGACAUAGAUGUUCAUUGUCUAGCUGGCCUUAUCAAGGCUUGGUUUAGAGAACUUCCAACCGGGGUUUUAGAUCCUUUAGCGCCUGAGGAUGUCAUGCAGUGCCAGUCUGAAGAAGAUUGCGUAGAGCUUGUGAGACUGCUUCCCCCAACAGAGAGUGCCUUGCUUGAUUGGGCCAUCAACCUGAUGGCUGACGUGGUUCAAGAAGAACUGUACAAUAAGAUGAAUGCUCACAACAUUGCUAUGGUGUUUGCACCAAAUAUGACACAGAUGGCGGAUCCUUUGACUGCAUUGAUGUAUGCCGUGCAAGUGAUGAACUUCCUCAAAACUCUGAUCGCAAAACGACUACGAGACAGAGAAGACGCAAGGAUAGACCCUCCUCCUCCUUCCUGUGCAGGACCCUCUGAUGAAAGUGGCCAUCAAAGCCCAUCCCAGAUGUGUCUUGGAGAUUAUCUCCAUGACGAGACUGAGGGAUCAGAACUCGAGCACUACUCAUCUGAUGACGAACCUGUUUUUGACAGCCCGCAUGAUACAAAACAGUCCGAAGAUGGAGAUGAGUCUGAUGAUUCUCCGUUUCAUUGGCAUUCCUUUAAGGGUUUACAAGCCAGUCUAAAGAUCCAUUCAGGACCCAUGUUUCUAUCGAGUGCUACUAUGAAGAAAGAUCGUGAGAGUUUAACAGAAAGGCCUCCUGUAGGCCACGCUGAAAAGCCAAAGACUAUGAGCAACCUGAGCUGCGCAAGUUCAAGGGAGCGCAUUGAAGCUUGGCGAUAGAUACAGAUCAACGUAGCCGAGAUUCAGAUUGGUUUAUCCUAGUACAAAUGUAUGUUUUCGAGAUUGGAGAAGAUUUGGGGGUAGUCUCAACUCAAGAAUCAAGACUCUAAAUUAACUUUCUUUUUUUACCCCUUUUCUUUUACUUUUUACACUUUUCCUGGGUGUUCUAUCUUGCUUUCUUAACUCACGUGACAUAGCAUCAGCAGCUAACAGAACUCUCAUGGUUCAUGUAGAUUAGUGCUGGUCACGACUAAAAAUUGUAAAAAUUGUAGUGAUUGUUCGGAUUGUUUUUCCUGUCGAAGUGGCAGCUCGUAUAUUUAAUCUGGCAGGUCGCUUUAUCCCCUGUUUUCCGAAA